UGUGAAAUAAAGCUGGAACUGACGCUAAAUAUCAGCUGGUAGUUGAUGAGGCAGUGACUCGGAGUGCAGCUGACUAACGAGGCGGCUUUGUUUCAACUUCCGCCCUGAGGACGCUAAUGGUCGGGAAAUAGUUCACACUAACACGGCAUGACGCUGUGUGUGUGUGUGUUAUAACUGUCUGUCAUGUCUGAAAGCGAAAGCGCAAACGAAUUUCGGCAAACCGACGAUUCGGCAGAAAACGCGCGCCAGUCUCGAGCAGCAGCAGCCUCGUGCGCUCAGGUAUCAGGUCAACACCAGCAUGCGCACGAGGCCGGCAGCGCGUCACACAGCUCAGCCAAGGAGUCAGUACUCACAGAGGAAAGGAAAACCCCUUCAUCAGAGGCAAUGCAAAAGCACCCUGCUGAUGCUGAAGUUUCUUCCACGGGCAUGAUCUCCAGUCCUGCUACACCUGUGACAUCCAGUGUCACAUCUGCCUCCAUGCCUCCAACACCAAAAGUCCUGGUCAGCUCUGCAGCUGUCAGGUCUGCCACACCACUGGUGGUAGGGGCGAGAGUGGUGUCAGCAGCUGUAACAGCAGCUGGGGCGACUGGACAGACCUCGGUGUCGACCGUGAUGUCUAACCAGGUGAGACCUCCAGCAGUGACCCAGGCUCCGAUCCGAGCAGCGGUCAUGACGUUACCGAGGGCCUCGACUUCGCCACAGAACAUCACAGUGGCACGGAGUCCUCAGACCACACCUCUCCAGCUGCCUGCUAACUUCCAGAUUCCACAAGGUAUGGUUUUAAUUCGCAGUGAUAGUGGCCAGUUGAUGUUGGUUUCCCAACAGGCUUUGGCUCAAGCCCAGGCCCAGGGCUUAGUGCCCAAAACAUCCGUCACUACAAAUGUAAGACCACAAGCCCCUCAGGCAACAGCAACAUCUAUCAUCAGAGUCUCUCUCCCAUCUUCAUCUACUACGGUAGCCACCUUGGUUAAACCUGCCUCGCCGGCAAUAAAGACUGUUCUGAAACCCAGCUCCACCGUGGGCACUUCCACAAUCAAACCCAGCACUACUGGAAACAGCACUAUUAUUAAACCCCCCUCAGUGUUAGGGGCUGCUCUUAAGCCGGGCUCCAUUACAGGGCCCACGAUCAUUAAAGCUACCUCUGCUCAGAAACCUCCCAUAAGCACCACAACCGGGAACAUAAACCAAAGGACCGUCACCACCACCAGUGUUAACACUACAUCUGUAGUAAAGUCUAUUGGCCAGGCAUCAGUUUCUUCAGCAGUUACUCAAAGCAUCCGAACAGCUGCUAGUGGCCUUCGAAACCUCUCUCCAAAUAUUCCCAUUAAAGUUGGCGGCAGCAGCAGCAGUAAAGCCUCCACCCAGGUCAUGGUCACACCGGAGACACUGGAAAAUGUAAAGAAAUGUAAAAACUUCCUGAUCACUUUAAUGAAGCUGGCAUCGAGUGGGACCCGCUCACCUGACAUGGCACAGAAUGUUCGAGCACUGGUCAAAGACCUUCUGGAUGGACGCCUGGAAGCUGAGGAGUUCACUGAAAAACUUUACAUGGAGCUGAAAUCAUCUCCGCAACCAUACCUGGUGCCUUUUCUCAAAAGGAGCCUUCCUGCUGUGCGUCAGCUCACUCCAAACUCUCAGCACUUCAUCCAGCAGUGUGAGCAGCCCAAAACCUCCUCUUCAUCCACAGUCAGCAGCAGUGCCCAGAAAAUUGCCCUUUCCUCCUCCCCCACCAUUUCUCAGCCUCUCCGAGGCAGUGUUCCUGCCAGACCACCUCAAAUGGUGACCCGGCAAACCAAAGGAGUGAUUGUGGAGCAACGCGUGACCUCUUCACCCCGUGUUGGGUUGCUAGUGCAGAACCACACCCAGCCCAAGCAGCCAAUCAUUCAGACCAACACGCAGGCAGCAGGAGCUUUCAGGAGGCAGUAUUCUCUCCAGGCAUCUAAAACCCCCUCUGCACCAACUCAAGCAGCACAAACACACAAUUUCAAGGACAGCACCUCAGGCUCGUUCCGUGAGGAUGAUGACAUAAAUGAUGUAGCCUCCAUGGCGGGUGUUAACGUGAACGAGGAGAAUGCUCGCAUUUUGGCGUCCAGUUCAGAGCUGGUGGGCACCGUGGUGCGCUCAUGUAGGGACGAGCCCUUUCUGCAGACCACAGCGCUGCAACACAGAGUGCUUCAAAUUGGUAACUCUCUGGGUGUUGAAGAGGUGAAUCCUGAUGUCCUCGGGUUGCUGUCUCAUGCCACGCAGGAAAGACUUCGAGAUCUGGUGGAAAAACUCACUGUUAUAGCACAUCAUCAUUAUAUUUCUUACAGGGAUGACUGGCGGAACAUUCAGACCAGUGACACACGCUCCCAGCUAAAAUUCCUGGAGCAGCUGGAGAAAGUGGAGAAACAAAGGAGAGAAGAAGAGGAGAGGGAAACCCUGUUGCGAAUCGCCAAGAGCCGCUCGAGCAGUGAGGACCCUGAGCAGCUUAGGCUCAAACAGAGAGCGAAAGAGAUGCAGCAGCUGGAGCUAGCUCAGAUGGAGCACAGAGAUGCUAACCUGGCAGCACUAGCGGCUCUGGGGCCUCGCAAGAGGAAACCUCUAGACUCUUCCAGCUUGGGGACUAACCAGGUUCUGGGUUUACGUGCACAUAGAACUGCUCAGAGGGUUCCAACACGUGUGACUUUCAGAGAUCUGAUCUUCUGCAUGGAACAGGACCGAACACUUAGACACACUCUUACACUUUACAAUGCUUUCUUACGGUAGAAACCCUACUCUUUACAUCCAAAAUCACCCUGUACAGUCAUUACAUAGAGGUCUAAUUAUAACCUGUUACUUUAAGGGGCAAGAUUUUUCUAAAUGAAAGUUUAUUUUAUUUAGAUAAUUUGUUAAUUAUUCAAAAUCCUUAUUUUGGGCACUUGUGGGUUGACAUAUUUUUGCACUUGAUUGUAAUGUUAAUAAAACA